UGCGCGAGUGUCUAGUAGGUUAUUAUGUGAGGAGAGAAUGGGAGAGUUGGGAGAGUUGGAGCUGGAGCUCCUCCGGGGCAACCAGGAAAAACAUAUCUCUCCGUUAAAGAACUUUGUGGCGGGAGGAGCCGGAGGAGCGUGCCUUCUGUUCGUGGGACACCCGCUCGACACAAUCAAGGUGCGGCUACAGACCCAGCCCAGAGCCCCCAGCCAGGAUGUCCUCUACAAAGGUGCUUAUGACUGCUUCCUCAAGACUGUCUCCAAAGAGGGACUUCUUGGCCUGUACAAGGGGAUGGGGGCCCCCCUAGCCAGCGUAGCUCCAAUGAUGGCCAUUAGUUUCUUUGGGUUCGGACUGGGAAAACAGCUGUUGCAACCAGACCCCACUAAGACACUGAUGCCUACCCAACUGUUUCUCUCAGGCUGUCUAGCAGGUGUUUUCACUACAGUGAUAGUGUGUCCUGGAGAAAGAGUCAAGUGUUUACUACAGGUGCAGGCCAGCGGGUGCCAGCGGGCAGUACGGUAUGCAGGUCCUCUGGACUGUGCUCUCAAGCUGUAUAAAACACAAGGCAUCCGCUCCAUCUACAAAGGAACAACACUCACACUCAUCAGAGACGUGCCUUCUAAUGGUGCCUACUUCAUGGCUUAUGACUUCCUGAAACACAAAAUGACAGCUGAGGGUGAAAGUGUGUCCCAACUCAGCACUCCAAAGAUCCUCCUUUGCGGUGGCAUAGCGGGCAUCUGUAACUGGGUUGUGGGACUUCCACCCGACGUACUCAAGACCAACUUCCAGACAGCUCCAGACGGGCGGUACAGGGGAACAGGUCUGGUCGAUGUACUGAAGGAGCUGCUUCGUGACGAGGGGCCCAGAGCACUCUAUAAAGGAUUCAACGCCGUGUUCCUCAGAGCCUUCCCUGCCAACGCGGCCUGUUUUCUAGGGUACGAAUUGGCGUUAGAGUGUCUAAAUUGGCUGGCUCCCACCUGGUGAAGUCUCCUGCUACGAAGAGGUUGUAACCUGUCAUGACCUGUCGUUGGACUCUUCAGACUGAACUCUUCUGUUGACCUCAAGGUUUCAUGCUUCCCAAAUGGCACACUAUUCCCUAUAUGGCGCACAACUUUUGCCGAGGGCCUGUAGAGAAUAGGGCUCUGGUCAGUUUUGCACUACAUAGGGAAAGUAGAGGACUAUAUAGGGUGUAGGGUGACGUUUUUUGUUGUUGUAUUUAACCUUUAUUUAACUAGUCAUGGUGUUUCAUGUUUCAUGACAACAACAAUGUGAAUUAUUGUCCUCCUUCUUGUUAAUGUGGUUCUAAAAAAUUAUUAUUCACUGAUGUGUCAGUUCGACAUCUUUCCCUGUUUGUUUGUCAUCUUUCCCUGUUUGUUUGUCAUCUUUUCCUGUUUCAGUUUGACAUCUUUCCCUGUUUCAGUUUGACAUCUUUCCCUGUUUGUUUGUCAUCUUUUCCUGUUUCAGUUUGACAUCUUUCCCUGUUUCAAUUCGACAUCUUUUCCUGUUUCAGUUUGACAUCUUUCCUGUUUCAGUUUGACAUCUUUCCCUGUUUGUUUGACAUCUUUCCUGUUUCAGUUUGACAUCUUUCCUGUUUCAGUUUGACAUCUUUCCCUGUUUCAGUUCAACAUCUUUCCCUGUUUCAGUUUGACAUCUUUCCUGUUUCAGUUUGACAUCUUUCCCUGAUUCAGUUUGACAUCUUUCCCUGUUUCAGUUCAACAUCUUUCCCUGUUUCAGUUUGACAUCUUUCCUGUUUCAGUUUGACAUCUUUCCCUGUUUCAGUUCAACAUCUUUCCCUGUUUCAGUUUGACAUCUUUCCUGUUUCAGUUUGACAUCUUUCCCUGAUUCAGUUCAACAUCUUUCCCUGUUUCAGUUUGACAUCUUUCCCUGUUUGUUUGACAUCUUUCCUGUUUCAGUUUGACAUCUUUCCUGUUUCAGUUUGACAUCUUUCCCUGUUUCAGUUCGACAUCUUUCCCUGUUUCAGUUCGACAUCUGUCCUGUGGUUCACGUCUUGUUGAAGAGUGACAAUCAAUCGAAUCCAUUUAUUAGCGAUCCAGAUAUAUCUCAGAAUAUAUAUAUAUAUAGUUUUAUACAUUUGUUUGAAUAAAGUGUAAUUUGCCAAAUA